AUGUCAUCGACGACAGCCUCAUCGACGACUCCGGUCGAGGAUGCGAUGCGCGACAAGCUCGUCGCAGCAUUUACACCGACAACCCUCCAAAUCCGUAACGAUUCACACCUCCACGCCCACCAUGCGCCGAUGCAAGGCAGUACUUCGAAAGAGACUCAUUUCCAUGUAACGAUAACAUCAGAAGCAUUCCAAUCCAAAUCGCAACCGGCACGUCAUCGAAUGGUCUAUUUACUUUUCAAGGAUGAGAUGGCUAGAGAGGGCGGGAUACAUGCGUUGCAAUUACGGACGAGGACGCCGGAGGAGGAGAAGAAACAGGCUGAAAGGGAGCAGAAUUAG